UAUUUCUGUCGCAGAUUUUUUGCAAACAAUUUUGCUAGUUAUAGGGCAGUUUAAGCUACAACCUUGUACGGUAUUGCAAACCUACGUAUCAUUUACUUAUAAACCCAAACAUUUCCGAAAUCUCUGAACAAAAACAGACGACACACUUAUUAAAGGUUAUAAGGUUUUUUAAAUUGUGAGAAAUAUGAAAAAGAAAUUUUUAGAACUCCUUCUGUGCCUCACUGUCUUGGCAGAUAAGACAGUUCUAACAUAUCAGACAAGGAAUACGACGGAAAACAAAGAAAUCGAUUUGAAAGGAAACUUACUUCAAUUAGAAAAUCAGCUGAAAAGUGGAAUGAAGUCCCUAACCAAAAUGAUUAUGCCGAAGAUGAUGGAAAUUGCAGGAACACAGAAAUUGUCCCCCGAGUGUAUGAGAAACGGCUUACAACUGAUCGACGGUUUGAAGAAUCUUAAAACUUGGGCUUUUAGAAUUCUGGAUGCAACCGCUAAAGGUCCAGAUGGCCUAAUCAGCGGCUCAACAACCUUUCUAGGGAACUACGACGAAUGCCUUGGAACUGUAGCACGUAGCAGUCGUUCUAGAGAUCACGGAAAAAUAUUGUUUGCUGGGAAAUACUGUCUUUUGCAAAUAAAGCCCGAAUUACCACCCAAGAGAAGAAUAUAUCGAAUACAUGAUAGAAUAGAAGAAUUUGAAAAUGCAUCAAGCUCAGAAAACAUCAUUGAUGAAAUUGCUUCCAGAUUGCACACAUUUUACUCCUAUGCCCUGAACCUUGGAGUAUGCAUCCCUUCUGGUUGUAAAAAGGAAGACAUUGAGACUCUUAUCAACUCAGUUGGGAAGGAUCUACACUUAGAUGUCAAUGUGUACAGAUGUGAAGUCAAGAAAAAGAUAAACUUCUCCAUUACACAAAUUUGUAUCAUAUCUCUGUAUGCUUUCUUUGGAAUGCUUGUUAUCAUUGCAUCAUUUAUUGAUGCUUGUCUUCAACGCAAAGGUGUAACGACAGAAAGUAAUGCACUUCGAGUUUUGCUGACAUUUUCAAUAAUAAAAAAUUUAUCAAGACUCUUCUGCACUAACAAGCAAAGUGACAGAUUAGCGUGCUUAAAUGGAAUACGUGUUCUUACCCUGUUUUCGAUAAUUUAUGGACACACUUAUUAUUUUCGUGACAUGAACAUUUUCGUGAAUAAAAUGGAAAUUUAUGAUUUGGCCAAGGAUUUCUUAUUUCAGAUAGUACUUAAUAUGUUACAAGCCGUUGAUCCUUUCUUCUUCCUCAGUGGUUUUCUGCUCUGCUAUUGGGUGACAAUAAAUGUUCGAGAUAAGAAGAAACCGUUAAGCAUGCCAUAUUUAAUCAUUCGCAGACUCUUCAGGUUGUUGCCGACUUACUAUUUUGUCUUCACCUUUGCAUUUCUAAUGAGAGAUUUGGGUUCUGGACCUUUCUACCACAAAACACUAGACAGGCAUAUGGGAGGAUGUGAUAAAUAUUGGUGGACAAACCUUUUGCUAAUAAACAACUUUUACAAAUACGAUAAUUUGUGUAUGGUGCACACCUGGUACAUUGCUGCCGAUUUCCAGCUUUUCAUUUUCUCGCUGUGCUUGCUUGUCCUGCUGUUGAAGUGGCCGAAGCUAGGUAUAUCCCUUAGUUUUGUCGUAAUAUUUGCAUCUAUGAUUCAUGAUGGAAUCUUUAGUUACACGUACAAUAUGCCUGGUUUCAGUUUGGUGACUUAUCUUGAUCCUGAAGAACUCAAAGCAUUUCAGCAUAAUAUGUACCUGCCCAUAUCUCAUGCAGCCCCUUAUUUCACUGGAAUACUCAUUGGCUACUUAUUAGCUACAAAACCGGAUUUGAAGAUUUCUAAGUGUUUUCUAAUUCUGGGAUGGUUGCUGGCAAUUACGUUGACUUCAUGUGUGGUAUUCGGGCCUCGGAAAUGGCAAAGCGGAACUGAACCAACAAUUGCUGAACUCAUUGCAUAUGGUUCUACUUACAAACUUGCUUUCGUCUUGGGAGUGGCGUGGACUGUAGUUUGUUGUUUUACUGGGCAAGGAGGCUUCGUUAAUUACUUGUUAUCUUUGAAAAUAUGGACACCCUUAGCUCGUCUUACUUUUCUCAUGUAUCUUAUUCAUCCAAAUCUUCAGCUUAUAUACGCUGGAUGGACAAAGGCAGCCUUCCCUAUUGAUUAUUAUGUAUUUGCAUGGCUGGCGUUUGGGCAUUUGUGCAUCAGCUUCCUUCUUGCUGUUAUCGUCAAUAUGAUGGUUGAAGCACCUUUUAUGUCUCUACAGAAGAUGGCAUUAGGCACAUUCGAGGGUAUUCCAAAGUUAUCAGCAGAGGACAGGAAUGUGGACAAGGAUAAAAAUUUAAAUGGUUAUAAAGAGAAAAUGUCUAUUAACGAAGCUAUUACACUUUCUAAUAAUACACCUGAAUGUGUUGAUACAGACAAUAAAAGCACUGUAACUAAAUGUUAAAAAUUU